GGCGCCGAGUACGAGGUGCUGGACGACUCGCAGGAGCACUGGUGGAAAGUCAAGGACGAGAACGGGGCCAUCGGGUACAUCCCCAGCAACUACGUGAAGGAGAAGGAGCUGCUGGGUCUGCAGAAAUACGAAUGGUAUGUCGGGGACAUGUCGAGACAGAGGGCCGAGUCCUGCCUGAAGCAGGAGGACAAGGAAGGCUGCUUCGUGGUGAGGAACUCGUCGACCAAGGGCCUGUAUACGCUCUCCCUCUACACGAAAGUGCCGCACCCGCACGUCAAGCACUACCACAUCAAACAGAACUCCCGGGGGGAGUUCUUCCUUUCUGAGAAGCACUGCUGCGGCUCGAUCCCGGACCUGGUCAACUACCACCGCCACAACAGCGGAGGCCUCGCCUCCCGCCUCAAGGCCUCGCCCUGCGACAGGCCGGUCCCCGCCACGGCCGGCCUCAGUCACGACAAAUGGGAGAUCGACCCCCAGGAGCUGAUGCUGCUCGAGGAGCUGGGCUCCGGCCAGUUCGGCGUGGUGCGUCGCGGCAAGUGGCGGGGCUCCAUCGACGUGGCCGUCAAGAUGAUGAAGGAGGGCACCAUGUCGGAGGAUGACUUCAUCGAGGAGGCCAAAGUUAUGACCAAGCUGCAGCACCAGAACCUGGUGCAGCUCUACGGCGUCUGCAGCAAACACCGGCCCAUCUACAUCGUGACGGAGUACAUGCGGCACGGCUCCCUGCUCAACUACCUGCGGCGCCACGAGUCCACCCUCGGCGGCAACGUCGGCCUCCUGCUGGACAUGUGCAUCCAGGUGUGCAAGGGCAUGGCCUACCUGGAGCGGCAUAACUACAUCCACCGCGACCUGGCCGCGCGGAACUGCCUCGUCGGCUCCGAGAACGUAGUCAAGGUGGCCGACUUCGGCCUCGCCAGAUACGUCCUAGAUGAUCAAUACACUAGCUCAGGAGGUACGAAGUUCCCAAUCAAGUGGGCUCCCCCGGAAGUGUUAAAUUACACCCGGUUCUCCUCCAAGUCUGACGUGUGGGCGUACGGAGUCCUGAUGUGGGAAGUGUUCACCUGCGGCAAGAUGCCGUACGGCCGACUGAAGAACACCGAGGUUGUCGAUCGAGUGCAGCGGGGGAUCAUCCUGGAGCGACCCAAGGCGUGCUUCAAGGAGGUUUAUGAGGUGAUGAGAAAGUGCUGGUGCCACUGCCCCGAGGAUCGACCGUCGUUCCGCAUCCUCAAGGACCAGCUAAUAGCCGUGUCACAGGGUCUCCUAGCGGACUGACUUUUCCUGCUCAAGUACUUGACCGGGUCGGGCUCACCGUGCUCGCU